UGUUCAUACUUAUUUUUUUAAUCACUUAGAUAGAUUACAUUUAACUUUACCUAUUGCAUUCUUUUGUUUAGUAGAAAAACAAAAUAAAAAGCCCAUUAAAAGCAGUAGUAGUGUAGAAACUUUGCAAUCCCACCUUUUUGAAAACACAAUCUUGUUUGCCAAAAUGAUUGAAGCCAUCAAGUGAAACUUAGCUUCACUCUCAGGAUUUUGGCUUUGAAUGGAUGCAAAUGGUAAAAGUAGAAACACAGGGGAAAUAAGCAUGACUGAGAAUAAAAAAAGUGGUGAAGUUGUGGUUACGAUUUCGGGUGAAGAGAAGGAUUUGAGAAAUGCAAGAGGCAUUCCUGAAUCACCUCAUAGGAAAUCUGUUGAUUCGUAUCCGGCCGAAAAUGCUGUUUUUAUGCCAAGCCCUAAUAGGCCUCCCAAGAUUCCCAAUCCCGAAAACCUAACCAGGCGGAAGACGCUUGCAAGGUCAGCUUACUCAAAGCCCAAGUCGAGGUUUGGUGAACAACAACCUUUGAUUGAUCAUAAUAAGUUUGAUGACAUCGCUGCACAUGUUGGCCAGACGUCGAACUCCCCCAUGAGGCCUGGCUCCAACCGGGCCUCACCUAGAAUGGGAGGGAAUAGUACCGCUUCUCCACUUGGCACACCGUCUAAGGAGACAACGAGAAACGUGUCUAUAAAUCCAAGGACUCCUUUAAUGACGUCACCGGGACCAGCAGGGGGGGUUGAUGAGGAUGAAGAGAUUUACAAGAAGGUGAAGUUACGAAAGAAUUUGAAGUAUAAGAGGGUGAAGAUGAAAGUUCUUUUUGAAUGGGUUAUUUUUCUGUUUCUUUUGGGCUGUUUAGUUGCUAGCUUGACGAUUAAGAGAUUGAAGCGUGAAACAGUUUGGAGCUUGGAGUUAUGGAAAUGGGUUGUCCAGAUAAUGGUGAUCAUUUGUGGUAUGCUAGUCACCAACUGGCUUAUGCAUUUUAUCGUGCUGUUGAUAGAACUAAAUUUCUUGUUGAGAAAGAAGGUUUUAUACUUUGUUCACGGGUUAAAGAAGAGUGUUCAAGUAUGUAUUUGGUUCACUGUAGUUCUUAUUACUUGGACAUUGUUGUUUAAUGCCCAAAGUGUUGAAAGAUCCAAAACUGCAGAUAAGAUUUUGGAUUAUAUUACCUGGACUAUCGUUGCCUUAUUAGUGGGGGCAAUCUUGUGGCUUUUAAAGACUUUAUUGCUUAAGAUUCUAGCAACAUCGUUCCAUGUCAGCAAUUUCUUUGAUAGAAUUCAAGAAUCGAUCUUCCAGCAGUAUGUUCUCUUAACCCUCUCAGGGCCUCCUGUUAUGGAAUCAUUACAGAUGGUCGGGGCGAGUACAAGUGUAAGUCAAAUGAGUUUCCAGGUGAAAAGGAAGGGGAAAGAGACGAAGACUAAAGAGGUGAUUGAUGUUGGUAAGCUUCAUCAGAUGAAACGAGAAAAAGUGUCUGCAUGGACUAUGAAGAUGUUGGUUGAUGUGAUAUCGAGUUCAGGACUCUCCACAUUUUCUGGUGUUAUUGAAGAAAGUGCUUAUGACGGACCUAGUGACUCUGCAGAUAAGGAGAUCACCAAUGAGAUGGAAGCAAUUGCUGCUGCUUACCACAUUUUUAGAAAUGUCGCUCAGCCUGGUUUUACAUACAUUGAAGAUAUAGAUUUAAGGAGGUUUAUGAUCAAGGAGGAGGUAGAUGUUGUGUUUCCAAUGAUUGAUGUGGCUGAUAAAGGAACUAUUGAUCGGAAAACUUUAACAGAAUGGGUGGUCAAGGUUUACAAUGGACGUAAAGCUUUAGGACACGCUUUAACCGACACUAAAACAGCAGUAAAGCAAUUGGACAAGCUUGUUACAGCUGUCCUGAUUGUAAUAGUCAUAGUCGUGUGGCUUCUUUUGACAGAAAUUGCUUCCACCAAAGUACUCGUUUUACUAUCGUCGCAGCUUGUUGUGGCUGCUUUCAUAUUUGGCAACACUUGCAAGACCAUUUUUGAAGCUAUUGUGUUCGUAUUCAUAAUGCAUCCAUUUGAUGUUGGUGAUCGUUGUUGCAUUGAUGGGGUUCAGCUGAUAGUUGAAGAGAUGAAUAUCUUAACGACGGUUUUCUUGAGAUUUGAUAAUGAGAAGAUAUACUAUCCAAAUUCUGUUUUGUCUACAAAGCCUAUCAGUAAUUUCUAUAGAAGCCCUGAUAUGGGCGACAAUGUGGAAUUCUCUAUUGAUUUCAAUACACCAUUUGAGAAGAUCGGGCAAUUGAAAGACAAGAUAAUGAAAUAUUUGGAGAGGAAUCCCCAAUUAUGGUACCCAAAUCACAAUUUUGUUGUGAAGGAGAUUGAAAAUGUAAACAAGAUAAAGAUGGCCCUCUUUUUCACUCAUACGAUGAACUUCCAAGACUACGGUGAAAAGAAUAAGAGGAGAAGUGAACUGGUUUUGGAGCUAAAGAAAAUAUUUGAAGAGCUGAAGAUCAAAUGCAAUCUCCUUCCACAAGAUGUUCACGUCCAUCAUCCAGAAACGACACCUGGACACAUCAAAUAAUCAUGCAUGCUCGCAUUAAAAGCUGGGCACUGAUUUCUUGCAUCAUGAAUAUCUUACACACGCACACGAGGGAAGCUACAAGGAUAUUGUAAGGAUAUAUUGGGAUCUGGUAAUGGUCUAAGUAUUGCACUUUGUCUGUAGAGACAACCUAGCAAUGAAAAAGCCUUAUCUCUAUGUUACCGAAGACUUUGUAGUCGCUUCUUAAAAACGAUAUGAAUAGAAUCAUAUCACAUGCUUUA